AUGGAGUUUCUGGGUGCCGUCGAGAUUGAAGUUGAGUUGGAAGGUGGCCGCAGUAGUGAUGUAGCAUUUUACAUUGCGGAUAGUCGUGACGAUGAGAUACUGCUAGGAACUAACUCGCUGAGUGAUCUGGGCUCAGAUACCCGCAAGGGAAAAAGUGUGGAACCCAAGUCAGUGACGGUAGCGAAGAGGAUAUAUAUCCCACCGCACGGGGCUAGGGUAGUGUCAGCACACUGUAAUGUUGGAGAGCAGACGGCAGAGGGUGUCGUUUGGCCAACUAAAGAAGGACUUGGUUGUGGAAUUUUCAAGGUCAUGAACCAAAAGUUGGAGGUACCCGUAGUAAAUUCUAGCGAUAAGCCAAUGGUCCUUGGAAAAGGAGAGGAAAUUGGUCAGUGGGGUACAGAGAAGUGGAAAGAAAAGUGGGAAGAGUUCAACCCGUGUAUCAUAGAAGAUACGGUAAAGGCUAGGACUAAAGAGCAAAGGCGAGCCUUACUGGUGGAGCAGACUAGGCGAAGUUCAAAUGUGAGUGAGAUUUUCGUUACGGCGAGUACUAAAAUUAUGGAAGGACGAUUAUUCAUUGAAGCAGGGGCGCCUGAAGCGAGUGGACAGUUUUUCACCAAUCAUGUGGGCGCUGGAGUACCGAAGCAGGCCUAUGAAGCUGCAAGGAAAAAAGCUGUGAGCGCCAUGUUGCCAAUCUUACCCGAUGCUAGGAAUCUGACAUCGAGGACGAUGUCAACGCCGGGGGAGGGCGUGUGGGUCAAACGAGGGUUGCCAGUCAAACGC